CCCAUCCUCGAACUCAUCUCUCCACCUUCGUCUCACCACCUCCCCGGCGCAGGAAAAACCUCCCUCAUCUACCUCAUAACCGCCCUCGCCGUCCUGCCUUCCUCUCUCUGUUCAAUUCCCAUAGGCGGUCACAAUGCCGCCGUCAUCAUCCUGGAUCCCUUAUCCCACUUCAGCAUCGCCCGCCUCGUGCACACCAUGGCCGUGCUCCUGAAACAGCGCCUCUCCUCCUCUCCCUCCCCCUCUUCGCCUUCCCCCGAAGCACCAACAGACACGCACCACAAUCCACCCGGCCCCUCAGAAAUACACCGCAUCAUCAAAACCAGCAUCCACACCGCCCUCCCGCACAUCCACAUCUUCCGCCCGCAAAGCUGGCCCAGCCUCCUCGCAACCCUCGACUCCCUGCCCGCUUACCUCUUCGACAGCCGCCGACACCGUAGCACAGAUCGCCGGAUCCACGCCCUCAUCAUCGAGGACGUGGAUGCGUUU